CAGAUGUCAAAUGUCAAUGUGAUGUUUUCUCGGUUUUCUCAUCGGCUUUUUCAUGUUUUGUUUCAAAAAUCGAGAUUGAUAAUGAUUUAUGAGAUUUAAAAUAUUUAUAAAAAUGUCUUUAAGAAAAUUACUAUUCCUAACUCGUGCGGUAUGCUGUAAAGGUGUUAAGGUUCAAACAACACAUUUUUCCAGACAGAACAUUUUCCUACUUUCGGCAAGUUCCACAAGAUUCUAUUCGAAAGAAAAUAUAGGAGAUAAGAACAAAGACAGCAAAGAGGGAGAGAAAGUGGAUAUUCUAGGGAGAUUCUUCCCACAGUCACCCCCUGCCACCAAUGAUGCAAAGGAGGUGCAGAAGGAGCAAGAGAAAUUUGAACAGGAGCAAAAGGAAAAAUCAAAAGAGAAUGAAAAGAAUUGGAGGCGAAUGAAAAUUGGGUUUGCAGCCUUUGGCGGUGCAUUGACAGUGAUGGGUGGCUGCCUCAUCAUAGAGAUGGGUGCACCGAGGCGCGGGGAUGAUGGACAGAUUAUUGAGGACGAGUUCUCCCCUCUGCCUUUGGUGCUACAAUAUCUGAGGCGGACGUGGAAAGAGCUUACAUUCUAUGAAAAGAUGAUUAAAGAGCCAUCUCGGGAGAAACUACUGCCUGACCCGCUUCCGGCUCCUUAUCAGCCCACAUACACAUUGGUUCUGGAGUUCACAGAUGUGCUGGUACACCCUGACUGGUCGUAUCAGACAGGAUGGAGAUUCAAAAAACGUCCAGGUGUAGACCAAUUCCUGCAAACCGUUGCCAACUCAGAUUAUGAAGUGGUGAUAUUCACGUCGGAGAACGCGUUUAUGAUAUGGCCGGUACUGGACAAGUUGGACCCGGAGAACAAGCUCAUAUCCUACAGACUGUUCCGGGACUCCACACAUUUCAUUGACGGUGUACAUGUUAAGAAUUUGGAAGGACUGAAUCGUGACUUGUCUAAGGUCAUAGUGGUGGACUGGAACAAGCAAGCCACGCAGCACCAGCCCGACAACGCGCUCGUGCUGAACAAGUGGAAGGGCGCCGACGACGACACCGCCUUGCUGGACCUGGCCAACUUAUUGCAAACGAUCGCGAUAUCGAACGUGAAGGACGUGCGCGACGUGCUGCGCUACUACGGGCAGUUCGACGACCCCAUUGCCGCCUUCCGAGACAACCAGCGCCGCCUCAUGGAGCAGAUGGCUGAGCGCGAGCGCGACAACAAGACGGACGUGCCGAUCGCGCGAUCCUGGCUGCGCCCCUUCACGCGCCGCUAGGGUGAGUAGUGGAGCAAAUGGCCAAGCGCGAGCGGGAGUCAUGGAAGAUAUCUGCAGUGGAGCGAGAGUGAGAGCCCGAAUGUAUUGCAAGCUAGCUUUUGUACAUACUUGUAUAACUUCAGCUAUGGAAUAUAUAAAUGUGAUUCAAAUUCCCCCGGCAUUUAUCUGCGCAUUAACUAUAGAGGAACAAGUAGUCAAUCCCACUUCUGAAUUUUUGUAUUGUUGUAUUUUUUAUAGCCUGAUUAGAAAAAAAGCUCCGACGCACGAAUGGAGUUUACUCUUUCAGAUCGUCUGUCUAAAUAGGUGUAUGUUGCCCCGCAGCAUACACUGUGUACGUCUCAAUACUUACGCCUGAAAAGUGAAAGGAGCGCAGAAUAGGUUGCGCACAAAAAACAUAACGCUGUCAUUCGUUUAUGGAAUUUUACUGCCCAUAUUUUUUUUCAUACCGGGGGCUAAAUAUGAAAAAUCGAUUCCUAAGGAGUGACCUUAAAAAAACUAGACAAAGUACUUUAUAACAGUACUAGAAAAAAUUAAUUUCUUUUUUCCGCAACAUGGCUUUUUGUCUAUUCAGGCUAUAACUACUAACAAUGUCCUACAUUUGUAUUGUAAUUUGAACAUUUACUAUGUCAUUGUAUUUAUAUUAUGUGCAAUUAAUUGUAUAAUUAGCAGUAAGAAUGUGUGCGUUCUGUAAUAGAGUGACGAUAGAAGACAUUUAAUUUGAACGGUCAAAACAAUUUUUAAAGAAAAAGCAAAUGAUUAAUUUAGGAGAAUAAAAUACAAAUCAAUAAGUUCACUCACUCAUCUUAAGUAUUACAUGUGAAUUGAUUAGAUUAUUAUUAUUUAGAUGUUUGCCAAAGUUAUGUUUUCACUUCUAUUUAAUUAGCGGCUUAAGUGUAUGUAAGCUACACUUGUGUACUUAUGUUUAAAACGAAAGUGAUUGCGUGAAUGUGUGCGUGGGUGUAAGAGCUUGAAGUUGUCUCAGUCAUUCUAGAUAGGUAUUAUAGACUGUUAAUAAAAUA